UUUGUUUAAAGGAGGACGCUCGGUAUACUGCAGCCUUCAAAGGACGCAACCUCCGGACACAAACAGAGCGUCUGCAUGACGUCAUCAGUGUGCGACUGAAAAGAUGCAGGAGGGAAAGAAACGAGAGAAAGAAAAGAAGCGGAGACAUUCUGAGCGAGAAUACAGUGAUGGCGAGAGAAAGAAGAGAAGAAACACUGAAUCCAGCACAGAGGACCCCAGAGAGGAGACGGGACAGUCAGAGGUUCCUCAGGAGCCCAGUGAUCUGGAGGAGGGCGGACUGGACCUGAACAAGUCUUUCAAACCCAUCAGUGACUACAUGCAGGACCGCAAAGAGAUGCUGGAACAGUGUUUCCUCGUGCUGGGAGAGAAUAAACUCAAGAAGAUGCUUCCGGAUGAACUGAAGGACUGUUCUUUUCAUGAGAUUAAGAAACUGUGCUUGGAUCAGUUACAGCAGCUUUCUGACAGUCAUCUGCUGGAGAUUUUGGAGGGUAAAGAGUUAACGGUUUCUGCAACUGCUGAUGAGAAGAAGAAUUCUACAGACAGUCAGCAAGACAGUAACGUGGACUCCACUUCAUCUCUGAGAGAAAAUACUCAAACAGAAGAAAAACAAGGUGCAGGUUCUGGAGAGGACAGUGAUGUUCUGAGCAUCAACGCAGAUAUUGACGACAGUGACAUUGAAGGUCACAAAGACGUCAAACCUGAAAAAAUGGCAUCCAGAGAGGAAGCUCUGCCCCCCGCACCCGUCCAAUCAGCUGAGCCGAAGGUGGAGCUUCAGCAGGACAUCGACAGAAGCGUCAGUGAGAUUCUGGCUUUGACCUCCACUGAAACCAGCAAAGAUCUGCCGGGAGCAUCACUGGAGAAACCAGCCAGCCCAGAAACCGCUGCUGUCGCUCCAAAAGAGCAGCCGUCUGUUCAGCAGCUGGAGUUACUGGAGCUGGAAAUGAGAGCCAGAGCCAUUAAAGCGCUCAUGAAAGCCAGUGAGAUCAAGAAACGCACGGAGAGCCAACUACACUGAAGGUCAUUUAGACUCAAAACUUGCUGAACUUUCAAGACCUUUCUGAAUGUUCCCGUUUGUCUCCAAUAGUACUUUUAUUUCCAAAAAUGUUCCAACUGUAUUUGUAUAAACAUUUCAUUUAUCUUUACAAAUAAAUUGUACAUUUAUA